UUGAAUAUCGAAGAUAGGAUUCAACGUCUUCGAGAACAGAAGCACAAUGUACCAAACGGUAACAGACGACGACUUGAUGAGCAGAUUCAACUUUGGUAUUCUGAUAAGACACAAAGUUGUAACGUCUACUCUCAAGGUCGAGCCUCAUCGAUAGCGGAGUCGGAGGAUAUGAAUUCGGGGAAUGAUAGUGACGUCGAAUUACGUGUUGCCAGCAUUGUCACUGUCUCUCAGGAUUCGCGUGCGGAUAACAAAGAGAACGUCAGCGAAUUGGCAAAACUGUUAACAGAUUUACUGAAAAGAAAAGAUGAAAAAAUUCGGGAAAAAAUUUUAGAAGAUAUAUGUUAUAACGUACUUAAUAAGUGUAAUGCCGCAUUGCUAGUCGACUCAUUACGGGAAAAAUUUGAUUUAAGUUCAGAAGCUAUCUAUGCUACUGCUGGACGACCAUCUCCAGCGUUAAUAGUGCCAAGUAAAUCGCCAUUAACUCCACCAGUUCCACCGCCAAUACCUGCCAAUUUUACAUUAGCAGGUCCUCCACCUCCACCACCAAUGAUGGCAUCAGCUCAAGACACUGUAAAAUUAGAGUUACCAAUUGCAUUGAAGCCAAAAAAUCUUCCCAAAAAAGGAACUAAAAUGAAGCAUGUACAGUGGACAAAAAUUCCAAUUGAAAAGGUUAUUUUAAUUGCUCUCUUUAUUGUUUUUGUAGAUGUUCGAAUAGAUUUGGACGAAUUAGAAUCAUUGUUUUCUAUAGUUCCAACAUCGUCUGAAGAGAGUUCAACGUUGGAAAAAUUAACUGCAAAAAAAUCUGAUGCAAUUUGCCUACUUUCUUAUAAACGAAGCUUUAAUGUCAGUAUUUUCUUGAAACAAUUUAAAGAAGGUAGUUUGGUGAUAUUUUUAGGUGGUGGACAAGUGUUAGACUGUUUACAUAAAGGUGUAAGCGGUUGUUUAGAUCUCGAAAAUCUUCAUAAUUUUUUAAAUAUUUUACCUGAAAAACAAGAGGUUGAAACACUCCUCAAUUUUGACGGGGAUUGUCAUCAGUUAGGUGUUGCUGAACAAUUUUUGUUAAAGUUGAUCCAAAUUUCAUCUUAUCGGCUGAAGGUUGAAUGUCUAAUACUGGUUGAAGAAUUGCAAAUUCUUCACGAAGUUAUUGAACCAAAUGUUUAUAAAAUGGUUACGGCGUGUAAAGAGAUCCGGACUAGUAAAACAUUACCAAAACUAUUUUGUAUGCUGGUAAAAAUUGGUAAUUUUUUAAAUGCGCAUGGAAACGCUGGAAAUGCUGCUGGAUUUAAGUUGAAUUCACUAUGGAGGAUUAUCGAUGUGAAAGCAUCAAAAACAAACUUAACACUUCUGCACUAUGUUGCCCUGGUAGGUUAUUUGAAAAAAAAAAAAAUGUUCAUUAAAGAAAAACAAGAUUGCACACUUGUUAAACAACUUGCCACCGAACUGAGGAGUAUUUCUGAUGCUUCCAAAAUAUCGUUUGAAAGUAUUAAAACAGAUUUACAAACUAUGUCUGAUAGAGUUGAAAAGAUUCUGAAACAAAUCGAAAACGCCAAAGAUAAUAGCUAUUUUGGUGCUUUUGUAAGCAAAUUUCAGGCAGCUCUAACCGACUUGGUUGAAAUGAAGCGAAAAGCACAGGGGCUCACAGAUAUGAUAAAUGAUUUGGCUGAUUAUUUCUGUGAAGACGAGAAAACGUUCAAAGUUGAAGAAUGCAUGAAAAUCUUUGCCGCUUUAAUAAACCGGUUACAAAUAGCUAUUGUGGAAAAUAAUGCAAGACAAGAACGAGAAAAAGAGAGCAUCCAAAGAAAAAGUUUACGGCAAAGUGUUUCAGCAAGUGAUAUUGUUCAAGAGCGAGGAAGUUUUACUGAUGCUAUUCAAAAAAUCACCGGCGGUAGUUUGGGUAGAAAUCAGCCAGCUGUCAUCUCAAAUGCAGAAAGAUGGUUAGCUCGUAGAACGUUAAUUAAAGCUCCAAAACAGGAAGACUCCAAUACUCCUUCAUGCCAACAACCCCGCAAAACAAUUCUCAUCAAUAAUCAUAGUGAUCUCGAUGAAUUUCUAAAUGCUGCUGAAAGACUUGAGAAAGAAGUUUGGCGAAUGAAUACUGAAGAGGUAUCAUUCGCUCCUACUGAGGAAAGUCCAAGAGAUAUUGCAGGUGCAAAAUGGAAAGAAAUAGUGCUUAGAAAACCAGUUUCACCGUCUCAAACAAUCCCAGAUGAAGGUUUCGAGUCAGAUAAAAGUUCGAAAGUUUCUGUGUCACCGGAACCGCCAAAGAAACCAGUUCCAAAUGCGGAACAAAAAAUAAGGCUACCUAGAGGAAAGACGACUUUAGAAAUACAGCAACCAAAAGAACCUAAAAGGGAAUUGUCAAGUCCACCUUUGCAACAGCUGAAACCAGGAGCAGGAGAAAAACCCUCAAGACCAGAAAUUCCUUCACAAUCACCACGUUUAAGACCUAGAAGGCCUUCUGUAAGAUCCAUUGCAGCCAAACGCUUCGAAACGACCUACGAAUCUGCGCCGUUUGCAAAACUUUUGAGAAGACCUCUUUAUGAGCCUGGAAAAGGAAGAGCAGCCUUGAACGUUGUAAGACAGUCAAUUUACCGAUCACCGAAAUCAAAAGAUAUAUAUGAAGAGCUAAGACCACUCUCUCCUACUAACAGAGAAAGACCGACCUCAAUUUCAAAACUCAAAACAGGCGCUAAUUUUCUUAAAUAUUCUAAAGGAUCCACCCCAGCACCCCGAAGCCAUAUAUUUGCUCCCAAUUAUCAAACCUUGUUGAAAACAAGCAGAGAUACAAGUUACAGUGGUCUACAGUCGACAAAAGAAGAACAAAGUGUAGCGCCAACUCUACCAGAUACACCUGUACCAGCACGCCCAACAGCAAUUAAAGGUUUGUCUGCUACAGCACUUACGGAAAUGGAAUUGGCUGGAAAAUCACCUCUUUUGAAUGCAUAUAUGGCUGAAAAUUUUAGGAGAAAAGACAAACUUUCGACAAAAAAGUCAUCUACUGUCAGUCCAGCUGUACGCUCAAAACCCGUAGACCAAACCCGUCCUGUGAGUUCCGCCAGCGCUAGUGCAAACAAAUCCAAAUCAAAGUCUCUCGCCAAACCCAGUAGCUCACCAGCAGCAUCUAACAUCGCUCAAAAACCAGCAGCUCAGUCAACAGUUGCUCGUAUUCGUGAUGCCAAAAUAACAGCAUCGACAGUAUCGGCAGCUUCUAUUAAAAGCGUACCUAAAAUUCAAAGAUCCAAGAUCAAUACACCUGCUGGCGAUAGAUCAGCAGUAUCAAAACCGGCAACUUCCAAUUUGUCGCAAAAGACAAAUAGGAGUUUGUUGCAAAAACCAGGUGAUAAUCAGCAUCUUCUGAGUGACAAGAAGAAUUCAUCAGUUCGACCUAACAAUACUUCAGCAAUGGCUGGAUCACGAUUGACUCAACAAGCCAGUCCAACCUGCAGAACAAUCAACGUAACAUCUUCACCAAGGCCAUCCUCAAGCAGCAAACUGUCUAGUAAAACUCCAUCAUUUUGCAGCACCACUGCUCGACCAUCACUGGUAAAAUCUAAUCCAGUGGUUACACGACCCAGUUGGAGGUAAUA